AGCUUCUUGAAAGCUACUGAACAGUGACGUUUCACUUUUACACGCUUCUCUUUCUGCUGUUUUUGCUGUUCCUGCGGCCUGCAUAGAAGCCGUUGUUAUUAUAGUUAAUACCUCUACUACUAUUGAACCAGCUACAGACUGAAGAUCUCCUUUCACUUCACAACGAAUGUUUUACACGUUUAGCUCGUCACAGGUUUUGUUUGAAGCAUGUCUCGCAUUGGCAAUGAGGAUGAUGUUGCGCAACUCAACGUAAUGCACGCCGGGGACAUACUGCACUACGAUUACCGACCAGCACAAGGCAACUGCAACAGUACGCCAACGAAUCCAAAAGUGAGUGAUACCUUUCGAGUGGUGCAGUGGAACAUCGAGCGUGGCAUUAAGCUAGACGCUAUCAUCGCCGACUUGAAAGCCCUCAAUGCCGACUUCAUUGCACUUCAAGAGCUAGACAUUAACUGCCGUCGGUCCAGUUACGUCAAUGUCCCCAAAGAACUGGCCAAGGCACUGCAGGCUGAGCUGUACUUUGUCUGCGAAUUCGAGGAGCUCGACUCCCCCUGCCGUUCUCCCCAGAAUGCGGUAGGUCCAAAGUCACAGCCUUCUCAGGAGUCCGCUGCAGAGACAGACCACAAAACACACGCAGGCCGUCACUUUCACGGCAACGCCAUUCUUAGCCGCCGUGCAACCAUACGGGAGGCCACGUCGGUGCCCCACACGACCUCGGUUCACUGGGACGAGGACGGCGCGAAGUUCAACGAGCCGCGCCGAGGCUACCGCAGCGCUCUGCGUGUACGGGUGGACGCUGCGGAGCGCACAUCGCCGCAGACGCCGCCGCUUUACAUCUACUGCUGUCACUUCGAAGUCUUCUGCGGUGCCCUGGCACGGGUGCGACAGCUGGGGGACUGCAUGGCCGACAUGCAGCGUCUUCUCCGCCUUUCCUCCGUCUUAUCGGGCACCACCGCACAGCAACCGGCGUUCUUGGUCGCUGGUGACCUCAACACCAUGGCACACGGCAUUGUGCGCUUUAGCCGUCAAUACGGCAACGACCGUCUCCGCUUCCUCAGCGUUGGCGAGGCCGAGGCGUGCUGGUUGCAGCGGAAGGUGUUGAGCCGCAACAUGCACUCGUUUGAACGCGGGUGCUGCCCUUUCUCAUACCGCUACCCGGCGCUUCUGGCGUCCCGCAUUCACCAGUUGUUGUGGAACAACAAGUGGGUAUGGCGCUACUUGUACGGCUUCUCCGACGCGGAACUGGAGCGCGUGUCGAACGUGAAGCUGUGCCUCUUCGACCCCGCAGACAAGGCAAAGUCUAUCACGCUGGACAACCCGGACUACAACGGCUUUGUGUGCGGCAAGUUCGACUGGCUGCUCCUCAGCAACCUAAAGCCGCAGCCCUUCCGCAUUCACCGCGGCGGCGCUCAGCCUGUUGACGUUGCUGCCCUUGAAAAGCGUGGCAGCGUCUCGGCGACGUCCUACACGGCGAAGUACCUCCACUCUAUCCAAGACGGAGGCCAAGACGACGAGGCACGAAUCGCAACGACUCGGCCAGACGAGGUGGCCUACAAGUACGUGCCGGAGGACGGGUACCUCCUCUUCAACGAAAACUACACGGCCAGUGACCACCGCGGGCUUGUUAUGACAGUGCAGCAAAACAGCGGGCGAUCGAAGGAGGUGUACCCAGAGCACGGAGCGCCGUACACGGCGUGCUGGGUCGCACUGGGUUUCUUCGCCCUCACUCGCGCCGUCCCUGUAGUUGCUGUUGCGUUUGUUUUGUACCACAAGCUGAAGGCGGCUGACUGA